UGAGAAGGAGUCCAAAAUAAUGGCGUAUUAAAAUAUUACCAUUCUCUUCUAAAUCUCUCUUAUCUACACAAACAAAUACUGGUGGUGCGUGUGAAGUUUCACGCCAAAAUCCGACACACGCGGAGAACAGAACAGAACAGAACCCAAUUCAUUAUACAUUUUACUUCCACAACAAAAAGGGUCUUACUGCUUUCUUGAUCCUUCCUCUAACCUGUUGGCUGAGGAGGUUCGUUUAAAGGCUAUGGUUCUCGACAAUAUUUUAUCUUCACCUCAUCGGAGGUCACCAUCUUUCCGGAAACAAUUCCCGCGGGAUGAGUUGGGUAGCUGUUCGACUCUUGUUCAGAGGCACCGUUUCCUACUAACAGCUCUUGUUCUUUUGACUUUCCUGUGCACCGUCUAUCUUUACUUUGCUAUUACUUUAGGGGAGACGGGAUCUUGUUCUGGGUUGUCGGGGAAACAGAAAGCAUUGUGCAACUUACAGCUGGCGAAGUCAUCGGUGAAGGGCAAAAUGAAAUUUCUUUAGCACAUAUCAAUUGAAUUGAUAGUUUUGGUUGAUCCUUUCUCAUAUGGAGGGGAUGGCUGCACUUGCUGAUGGUCAGUGUAUACAUGAUUUGGUCUCAAAAUUUAUCAUUAAAAAGUUAUAAUCACAUCAAGUUAUUGUCCUUAGUUUGGAUAUGAUUUUGUAGGUUUUUUCGUUUGUUUUUCUUGUGGUUAAAAUAUCUUACAUCAAACAGAUAAAUUAACAUUCAUGUUCACAUGUCCCCUUUAGAUAAAUGAAAAUUGCCUAUAUUGUUUUGCUUCCA